ACUAACGUGCAGUAUGGCGGACGAUGGAGAAGGUAAGAGUGAAGCAGCGGAUAGCAGCGGCCGACCGGUGACUUCAGAGGAGCCAGAUCAGGGGUUUGGUAUCGUCGGGAUGCUGGUGAAUGUCAGCGUUUUACUGGUGGUGGUGGCUGUCUGCUACGGUAUAUACAGGCGAUGGGGAAAGAGGGUCGGCUUGAUUGCGGCCCAAGGGAAAGAGGCCUCGACUCUUCCCAAGAUGAAGAGGCGAGAUUUCAGUCUUGAGCAAUUGAGGGAGUACGAUGGAGUUCAGAACCCACGAAUUUUAAUGGCAGUUAAUAUGAAGGUCUUCGAUGUCACCAGCGGCAAGAGGUUUUAUGGGCAAGAUGGCCCCUAUGGAAUCUUCGCUGGAAGAGAUGGGUCUAGGGGCUUGGCAACCUUCUGCCUUGAUAAAGAUGCACUACGAGAUGAAUACGAUGACCUCUCUGAUUUAAACGCUGUACAGAUGGAGAGUGUAAGGGAAUGGGAGAUGCAGUUUUUGGAAAAAUACGACUACGUUGGCCGGCUUCUGAAACCAGGGGACGAGCCCUCGGAAUACACAGAUGAGGAGGACAUCAAGGAUCACGUGAAACACGACUGAACUGUUCAAUCAAACCAAAGCCAGGGCCCUUGAGGGCUGAAGACCGUGUGUUCCUCCUGCCACAGGAUCACAGGCAGCCCAGGCUCUGUUCUGUAGUGGCAGAGGAUUCAAAACAUAUUGGACAAAGAAAAAAACAUGAUGUACACGCCUAUGGGGGUUUUAAUGAUUUGGGCUGCCAACAAAAUAUAUAUGUAAAUUUUCUUUUUUUUUUUUUUUCCUUUUCAGUUGUCCCUGUUAUGUCAGGCAAAGGGUUAUUGUUUUGUUAUGUGGGAAUCUGGGAAGGGUUUUUUGUUAGUUUGUUUUCCUCAUUACAUGUUCGCAACCAAUCAGCUAUUGCUCAUAUUUAGUAAGCUUCUAAAGUUUAUUGGUGUUGAUUUAAAAAAAAAAAAAAAGCUUAGGAGGUUUUUUAAAAAAUAAAUAAAUAGAGAAUUCUCUGUUUGCAUUAAAAGAGCGCUUAGCAGACCGUUCCAUGCCAUUGAUUCUCUUUGUACUGUUUUGCACUACUAUAUUUUCAGUUUUUUCACCAUGUGAUUGUACUGCAGAGUUCGGUGGUCCAUUGAACUACGCUGAAUCACAAAGCUGAAUCUCGGAUUGAAAAGGGAAAGUCACUGGGCGGGCUUCAUUUUCGAAGGGUAUCAAGUUAUUUGCCAGUGAAGUUUCUCCAGCUAUGUUUACAUGCCUCAGUCAGCUGUAAGUCUGUAUUCCCCCGAAAUGGUCCAUAUGAAUUGUGCCUUAUUUCACUUGUUUUCUGCUUGAACUGAUUUAAAAGAAGACCCCAGUUAUCUUUAUCUUGCAGUGGAGAACAGCCACGUCCUGUAGUACCCUCAGACUAAAGGCAUACUGUUGUCAGCCUAGUGCUGAGCUGACUGGAAAUCCUUUCCCAUGUCACGAGCUUGUAUAUAGACUGCAAAGUAUACUCAGUGUUACUGCCAUAUUCAUGUAGUUGAUGGAAAUCAUAUACUACAGUGUGUUAUAAUGGCCAAAUGCCCCAUGCUUUAUUAUGAUUGUUGUCGUUGUUGUUAUUAUUAUUAUUAUUAUUAUUAUUAUUAUUAUUAUUAUUAUUAUUAUUGUUAUUAUUAUUGUUAUAAUAUAUAUUUUUUGCUGAAGCUAUUUUUAAGUGUGGGCAGGGAGGGGUAAAAAACUAAAGUACGAUUCAUGUCUGUGAUGGGUAGGUGAAACUCGGGAGGGAAACUUGCUGAUUCUGUAAAUAUAUAUAACAUUUCUUUAAAGCAUGUACAACAAAGUAAGCUAUGCUGAAUUCAAGCUUGAUGUAGAACGUGUGACAGAGCAGACGGACAUGUUCAUGCAUAAUAAACAAUUUGGUUAUUAA